GGCAUCAGCACACAUCAGAGACGAUGCAUCCAUUUCCUCCUACUCAUCUCGAGUUGGUUCUGUUCGCGUCAACACCCCCUUCAAGUCUACUAGAUCGGAAUCCGGUGCUAGAAAGGAUCCUACACCCACCCGCAGAGAACCCUCUGCCAGAAAGGAAGACUCCCUCAGAAGAGAAAUAUCUACUAGAAAAGUACCAUCUGCUGUAUCUCACACUAAAUACUAUCCUCAGUUUGUUACUCCGUCACCUCCCUGUGAGAAACUAACAACACCCGGCCCGAGUACAACUAAAACUGCGUCGAGUGAUGCUAAAUCAGAGAAGACGAUGAAGUGCCGCUACACAAAGACACUGCUCCUGUUCCUGGUAUUGGGAACGUGUGGUGUGGUGGGUCUCUCUGUCAGGGGUCAUGGGAGGGUUUUACAACACGCGGGCGUCAUGUCUGCUCUCAGCUAUAUGGGAGUGGUGGCAGACCCGGAAUUACAAGCCAAGAUCAGCGACCUCUCCAAACAGAUAGAAGAUCUCCAGAAGAUGGUAACGAUGCUGAUACCACAGCAGCAGGAGAAGAUAGAUCUACUGGAACAGAAACAGGAUGAGCAGCGACAGAAGCAGCUUGAACAAGAACAAAGAGAUAACGAGCAGCAAGAAGCAGAGAAGAGACGAAAAGAGGAAGAAGUGAGAAGGCUCGAGGAAGAAAAGAAGAGAGAAGAAGAGAUACAGAGGGCGCUAGAAUUGGAGAAGAUACAACAGUUGGAAAUGCAAAAGAAGCAGCUAGAGCUGGAGAUAAAAAUCAAGCAGGAGGAAGAAAAGCGAAAGCAGUGGCGGGAAGAAGUGAAGCGGAGAGAAGAAGAGAAGACUAAACGGGAUGAAGAAGAAGCACGAAUGAAUGCAGAAGAAGAGGAGAGGAAGAAAGAAGAAAAAGAAGCAGCAGAGAUAGAAACAGCUGAACAAGCAGCACCAGAGACGGAGUCGGGGAAUGUUUGUAGUGUUGAAAAUGAUGACGUAUGUCAGGCUGAGACACUGAGUUCUGUUAUUGAGGACACUGUGGAAGAUUCCAUCGCUGUAGCUAAGGCUAAGGAAGAGUGGGAUGAGUUGAUCCGGGAAUUGGAGGAGGAAAAAGUCAGACUUAAAGCUGAAAUAAAUAGUUGGGAAGAUUACAGGGAGAAUGAGGUUAAACUUUCCCAGCAACGGAGUAGCGAGGUUCUGCAACGUCUGGAUCUAGCCAGCGAAAUUGAGCAAAAAGCUGCCGCAGAGUCCGAACUAGUGAAAGCUCUUUCGGAGGAAAUGUUAGCAAAGUUUUCAGAGUUAAAGGAGGAAAACAGUGCAUUAAAGGAAAGAAUAUCCUCACUAGAAACUGGUCUAACAGAUAAACUAGAUACUAUCACCUCUGAACUAGCAGAGCUCAAGAAACAGGUAGAAGAAGAACCCGAAACGGACGGGACUACUUCAGGGACUAACCUGCAGGAAGUACAGGACCUUAUCAGCAAAUCUCUCAAGUUGUAUGCCGCUGACGAGGUCGGCAUGCCAGACUUUGCUCUGGAAAGUUCAGGUGCUGUAGUGUUCACUAUUGGAGAAACUGAGCCCUACACCCGAGAUACACCAUGGAUGGGUGUGUUCGGGAUAUCUAUUUGGAGAAGUUGCAAAACUCCCCGACUAGCAAUCCAGAAAGAUAACAGUCCAGGAAACUGCUGGAGUUUUACUGGAGACAAGGGUUCUCUGACCAUUCAACUAUCAGCCCAGGUGUUUCCAGAACACUUCACGGUAGACCACAUACCGUUAGAAUUGGCGCCAAAUGGUAAUGCCUCGAGUGCCCCAUACUAUUUCAGAGUUUUGGGACUCGACUAUGGAAACGCCCCCAAAGGUCACGUUUUAGGAAACUAUGAAUUCACCGAAUUCCCCAUCCAAACUUUUGCAGUCCAGCAAAACCCGUACGAAAAGUACUUUCGUUUUGUUAAAGUAGAAAUUCUAAGUAAUCACGGCAACAAAGACUAUACAUGUUUGUACAGAUUCAGGGUACAUGGUAGACCUCACGAUACGGAUACCUAUAACGGAUGACACCAGCCUCAUACUAAUGCCUAAAAUGUAUGGUUGAUAAUUGUAUAAUGUAUAUUGUAUAAAUAAUAUGUGCUAUUUAUGUAUUUUAUCAUUGUAAAAUAGUCAUGUCGGUGAUUAUGGUUACUGAAUCUUACACUGACCUUCAAAUAAAAAACUUAUAAUAUGGUAGGACGGGCGUCGGAAAUUAUAGUAUGAUUGAAAGUUCGUUCAGAAUUCAGAUCAUAGUUGCACUACACUCAGCUUGUUUUUAUAAAGACGCCUUUAAAAUGGUAAAAAUUAAAGACGCUGAAGCCUUGGCCAAAGUUAACCCUCUUAAUAUAACGAACUGAGUGUAUUUGGAACUGUGAAUCGUAUUUGGUCGUUGAACCAAAAGGAGUGAAUUAUGUAUAACAUGAACAGCAUCUUUACUUAUUAUCAAGGGGAUAUUGUUAGCUGUUGAAAAUUGAAUUUCAUAGGUUUAUUUCAAGUUGUUUUUAUUAAGACUGUUCUAUACAGUCAAUUGGGUAAUAUUCAUGUCAUUGAAAUUAUAGAAUUUGAAUUAAUUUAUGAAUAUGUUAUUAGCAAA